GUUAUUUGUUUGUAGAUCUAUUUUUAGCUGUCUACUAACAAGCCCAUACAUACACACCACAAUCACUUUGAAAACAGACACAGAAUUGAAGAAUGGAGACAGUGGCCAAAGCUGAGAAGAAGCCUCAUGUCAUCUUUAUCCCACUACCAGCACAAAGCCACGUUAAGGCGAUGCUCAAACUAGCGCAGCUUCUUCACCACAAGGGACUCCAAAUAACCUUCAUUAACACAGAGUUCAUCCACAAGCGUUUGCUCAAGUCUGGUGGUGUCCACAGCCUCGAUGGAUCAAAUGGUUUCCAAUUUGCAAACCAUUCCUGAUAGCAUUCCUCGCAGUUCUGAAGAUGACGAUGGUGUAGAACAUCUCCUUCAUUGUGUUGAAACCCACUUCCUGACUCCUUUUCUUGAUCUUGCAACCAAACUCUCAACUCCUCCAACUCUUAUCAUCUCCGAUGGCUUCAUGUCGGUUUUCACCAUUGAUGCUGCACAAAAGUUGGGAAUCCCGGUCAUGCUCUACUGGACGCUUGCAGCUUGUGGCUUCAUGGGUUUUUACCAGACCAAAUCUCUCAUGGAGAAAGGACUUACACCACUUAAAGAUGAAAGUUACCUGACAAAUGGAUUUUUAGAAACCGUUGUUAAUUGGAUCCCCGGGAAUGAAAAAAAUCCAGCUUAA